CAACAACAACAACGUCAACUACACCGACAAGAACCGCAACUAACACAACAAUAUAAUUCAUUUCCACAUUAUCAACGAGACGACUAUCGAUCACAAUCACUACAACCGCAACCCUCUCAAUUUCAGGAUGAAGCGGAUCAAUAUCAACAGCCGUUGUAUGAAAAUCCAUGGGGUCGUUCUUAUGAACCACAACAAUGGCAAUAUCCACCACGGCCUUGGCCCCAAUUCAAUCAGGCAUUCAAAUUCGCUUCGGAAGAGUCGGUGACAGCACUGAGAGAGGAUGUAACGUCGCUCGCGAAAAUCGUGAAAAAGGGAAUGCGCGAUCUCAAGAAAUUAUAUGAGCGGGAACUAUCCACGGAAUUUCCCGAAAAACCUAGAUCAUUACCACUUACGAGCCCCGAGCAAAUAAAUGAUUUCGAGGCCAUACCGGACGACGAGUACAAGAAUGUGGUCAGAUACUUGGGGUCGCUCGGUGGCCACACAUUAGUUGAAACGGCUAACGAGAUUUUGAAGAACGCCAUGGAAGAUUCGGUAUCGCCGGCUUUGACCUGGCUCGGCCGAAAACCAAAUGAGAUAGCUCUUGGCAAAACAAGAUUUGCCAAAGCCCUUUAUGCGGCAGUUGCGAGGAAUAGAAAUUAUCCGAAACCAGAUUGGUCCCAAUUCACCGACGCAAUGACUAACGCGCUCAGGAGUUCGAAGCAGCGCCAUCGGAACAGCCUGAAUAACGCAAAGGAAAAUCAAAGGGGCCCCAGAGGAAAUGUUCCACCCAAUGAUCAGCCCCGGCGUAUUGAGAAUCGUACGCCAUCUCAUUCGCAGACGCAUGAUGGAAGCGGUAAUUCGGAUAUUGAGAAUGUUGACGAGGAUAUGAGACGACGAAAUCGCAGCCUUCAACGUCGCACGCGCAACAACGCCGCUCACCAACGAUCCCGCCAACGAAACGUAUCAAGGUCGUCCUCAGAUUCGAUGCUGUCAAGCGCAAGCUCGGGAACGGGACAUUGCGUUCUUCGGGUGAUCGCGAGUCGACAAGGUAAUGUACCGUCGACACUCUGCUCGACUGUCGGUAACAGAGCCGCGUCGCUCGAGCAUCGUAAAUUAUACGGCACAACACGCUGA